GGAACCGAUUCGGGAGGCGCAAGAGUGAAAUAAAAAUGCUUAUAUUCUUAUUACUGGUUGUGGUUGCAUCCACACUGCAGGCGGUUAAAAUAUCACCACUCAUAGAGAAAGUCAGUGACCAUAAGGACUUCAAGAAGCUGCUCAGGACUAGAACUAAUGUCCUUGUUCUUUACACCAAGUCAGCUACAUCUGGUGAUGUUCAGCUGAAGCUGCUGUCAGGUGUUGCCCAAGCAGUGAAAGGCCAGGGAACCAUCGCCUGGGUGAACUGUGGGGAUUCUGAGGGACGCAAGCUGUGUAAGAAAGUGAAGGUGGACCCCAGUUCAAAGCCUGCUGGAUUUGAGAUCCUGCAUUAUAAAGAUGGGACCUUUCACACAGAGUACAGCAGACCAGCAACACACAAGUCUAUGGUCGCCUUCCUGAAAGACCCCACAGGUGCCCCCCUAUGGGAGGAGAACCCCGAGGCUAAAGACAUCGUUCACGUUGAAACAGAGAAAGACUUUAGAAAGCUGCUGAAGAGGGAGGAGAAACCCAUUCUCAUGAUGUUUUACGCACCCUGGUGUGGUGUGUGUAAGAGGAUGCAGCCCAUCUUUCAGCAGGCAGCCACAGAGACAAAAGGAAAAUAUGUACUGGCAGGGAUGAACGUUAACCCGGCUGAGUUUGAUGGUCUUAAGCAAGAGUUUAACGUCAAAGGCUACCCGACUUUCUGCUACUUUGAGAAGGGAAAGUUCCUGCAUCACUACGAGAACUACGGCGCCACGGCCAAGGACAUCGCAGACUGGCUUAAAAACCCUCAGCCUCCGCAGCCCAAGACCCCAGAAGUGCCGUGGACCGAGACUGACUCAGCUGUCUUUCAUCUGACCGAUGAGUCCUUUGACGCGUUUCUGGAGAAACAUCCUUCAGCCCUUGUUAUGUUUUACGCUCCAUGGUGCGGCCAUUGUAAGAAGAUGAAGCCAGAAUACGACCAAGCAGCUGGAGUUCUCAACAAAGGCGCAGAUAGCCCAGGUGUGUUAGCAGCAGUGGACUCCACAAUCCACAAAUCUGUCUCCGAGCGCUUUAAGAUCUCCGGCUUUCCCACUGUAAAGUACUUUGAGAAGGGGGAGGAGAAGUACACGCUACCACAGCUCCGGACCAAAGACAAGAUCAUCGAGUGGCUACAGAACCCACAGGCUCCCCCUCCUCCGGAGCAGUCAUGGGAGGAGAAGCCAUCCAGUGUGAGUCACCUCGGGGCUGAGGACUUUAGAGAAGCCCUCAAGAAGAAGAAGCAUGCCCUUGUCAUGUUCUACGCCCCCUGGUGCCCACACUGUAAGAACGCCGUCCCCCACUUAAUGACAGCUGCUGAGAUUUUCAAAGAAGAUCGCAAGAUUGCUUAUGCUGCUGUGGACUGCACUAAGGGACAGAACCAUGAGCUGUGUAAGCAGGAGGGUGUGGAAGGCUACCCAACAUUUAACUACUACAAUUACGGCAAGUUCAGCGAGAAAUACAACGGAGAACGAGGGGAGGCUGGAUUUACCGGUUUCAUGCGAAGCCUGAGAGGGAAGGACCAAGAGAAGGUGGGGAAGAGAAAAGACGAGUUCUAAGAUUUACACUGUGGCCGGAAAUAUAAGGAAGGAGCCUGUCGUUGCACUGUGACCGGAUGGGGACCUCCUAGCACUGAUGCCACACUCAUGAAACCUUCAGUUAAAGAGAAGAUAUUUUUUAUACAACCGUGCCAUUAUGUUUGUAAUACCGACGUCUACCACAACACCGCUUCAACCCCGGCUUUGUUUCUCAUAGACAUCUGAACAGGACAGUUGCUUCAAAAUACUGUGAUUACAGUUACCGAAUCUCAAAUCUAUGCAAUACCGAGCACUCACCCUGCUGAUCGACGGCUUCUGCGUGAAGAGAACACUUCAGCUACUCUGCACAAGUCACCCAAAGCUUUUCUUGAUCUUUCCAGUUUCCUUUAUAAUCACAUUUGUAAAGAAGAACCAUACGUGUACAAUCACAAUAUUGUAAAGCAAAAUAUUUUUCUACGAUGUGUCAUCUUGACUUUCACAAAGACAACAGAAGAAAAAGAACAUGUAGCUUAAAUUUGUGGCCUUAAACGUUUGAAUAAGCUUUAUUCAAUCUGUGCGGUGCACCUGAAACUGUAUCGGAGAUAUAGUGGGCCCAAAACCAACAAAGCUUAAGGACAUUGUGUGGUGAACUGUGGAACUUAUUCAUUCCUGUCUUGUGUUUUAUUGUCGGAUGUGGGAAAAUAAAAUACAACAAACUUGAAGAUGCCAAAAAGUACAGCUUAGUUAAGAGUGAUGAGCUCUGUUCCAGAAAAUGACUUCAAUUUAUAUGUUAAUGCUUAAUUCCAGUAUAAAAUCACUAAAAGUUCUAUCAAACAAAUAGUGUUAAAUGUAUGUUUGUUUAUUAGGAUUUUAACAUCAUGUUUUACACUUUGGUUACAUUCAUAUGAUUCAUUAGUUCAUGUUCAGUAUCAAACACCAUCAUGAUCAAUUUUGUAUCUCCAAUUCACCUCACUUGCAUGUCUUUGGACUGUGGGGGGAAAACCGGAACUCCCGUAGGAAACCCACACAGACACGGGGAGAACACUCAUUUACAUUUUCAGCAUUUAGCAGACGCUUUUAUCCAAAGUGACUUACAGUACUGGGACAGUAUGCAGUCUGAGCAAUUGAGGGUUAAGGGGAUUGCUCGAGGGCCCAACAGUGGCAGUGGUGGGGCUUGGACCAGUAACCCUCCGAUUACUAGUCCAGGACCUUAACCACAGAGCUACCACUAACCCAUGUCAGUGGUAACACUCCACACAGCAAGGACCCAGACCAUUCCACCUGGGAUUCGAACCCAAGACCUAUUUGCUGUGACGCGACAGUACAACCCACAGAGCCACAGUGCCAUUCAGUAUCAAACACAGUCACUAUCAAUUUUGUAUCUCCUGUUCACCUCACUUGCGUGUCUUUGGACUGUGGGAGGAAACCGGAGCUCCCGGAGGAAACCCACACAGACACAGGGAGAACACUCAAACUCCACACAGCAAGGACCCAGACCAUUCCACCUGGCAAUUAAACCCAGGACCUUCUUGCUGUGAAUAGACAGUGCUACCCACAGAGCCACCAUGAAUUUAGGUCUAGUAAUGGGCCGACUUUCAAAUGUCAUUAUUAAUAUUGAAAAUCAUUUCAAGUACAAGAUCAGGUGAUUUUAAACCAGUAGACAUGAGUGGGAUUUUAGUAUCCAGUUCCAGUCUGUAUGGUAAUGUUUUUAAUGGUAUCCUUAACAGUAGUCAGACCUGUCAAAAAUCAUUUAACUAUGUUAUUAGUUUUAUCUCACAGUGGUCAUGGGUAGAAUCAAGUGGGUUUUAGGUAUUAGGGUAUUAAUUUAGAAACCUAUUAUAAUUAUAAUCUUUACUUUUUUUAUAUUCACUAUUUUUAUGUAAACACUUAACUGGCCAGCAGCAAUCACACUGAAUAAAUCUGGCAUUGGUCCUAGGUAGAAAUGAGCAUAAGAUCAGUUUCCCUAAAUGUUUUAUUCUUUAAAGUACUUAGUAAAUGUGUUUUAAAUGGGAAAGAUACUUUAUCGCUGCUCUCUGACAACACAAAGCCUCAAAAAGUGAGCAAACAGUCGAACAAGGGAACGAUUUUUCAAAUCAAAAUGAAUGCUUUAAAGCUUCAUGUAGGAUAGAACUGAUGUAAGGAUUAGUUCUUGUGAUUAGUCCUCAUGAAUAAAACAGGACAUAAAACAAGACAAUUAUGCAGCCUUCAUUGUUACUGUAUUAUGUUUUAUCUUUUCAUAAUAAUGGAAAAAUGUAUAGUGUAUGUCUGCAAACCCUUUUCUUAAUAUUGCUCAUACCAAAAAAGUGAUUUAAGUUCUAUGGUGCCCAGCUGGUCACAUCCUGUAUAAAUAAAAAAUAAUGUGUGGCCACGAGACAAUAUACGAAUAAGAUCCUUUUAUUUCGGGCCACAGCUAACAUAAAGGAUACAGAAUCAGACUUAUGUUCUCGUGGAUUCUGCAUGACUGUCCAAGAGAAGUUUGUUUGUUUAUUUAAUGUCAUGUUUUACACCCUUCGGUUACAUCCAUGACAGUUACUCGUUACACAAGAUUCAUCAGUUUACAAGGUUAUACCUCACUUGCAUGUCUUUGGACUGUGGGAGGAAACCGGAGCACCCGUAGUAAACCCACGCAGACACGGGGAAAACAUGCAAACUCCACACAGAAAGGACCCGGACCGUCCCACCUGGGGAUCGAACCCAGGACCUUCUUGCUGUGAGGCGACAGUGCUACCCACUUAGCCACCGUGCCGCCCCCGAGAGAAGUAAGCCCGGCUUUAUUUAAGCCAAUGCUUUAAGGGCCGCUCAGGUGGCGCAGUGGUAAAAACACAUGCUGGAAUCAGACCUGGGAUCUCGAAUACAUCGUAACGAAUCUCAGCUCUGCCUGCUGGCUAAGGCUGAGCGGCCACAUGAACAACGAUUGGCCUGUUGUUCAGAUGGGCGGGACUAAGCCGGAUGGGGUCUCUCUCUCAUGACUGGUGCAUUUACGACCUCUGCUGGUUGAUUGAUGGCGCCUGCACAGAGAUGAGAAAGGAGGGCUCUCAGGGUGUGUCUCUCCAUACACAACACUGAGCUGCACUGCACCCGUCAGUGUCGGUGAUAAGAUGCAUAUGGCAUUCUGCCCACGUGUCGGAGGGGGCGUGGGUUAGCUUUGUUCUUUUCAAUCAGAGCAGGGAUCGGCAUUGGAGAUGAGCAUUGGAUCAUGCACAGAGAUGAGGUGGAUGAAAUAGUGCUCUCAGGGUGUGUCUCUCCGUACACAAUGCUGAGCUGCACUGCACUCGUCAAAGUGUAGGUGAUAAGAUGCAUACGACAUGCUGCCCACGUGUCGGAGGGGGUGUGGGUUGGCUUCGUUCUCCUCAAUCAGAGCAGGGAUCGGCAUUGGUGGAGAGGAAGCAUGACGCAAUCGGGCAAUUGGACGCGCUAAAAGGGAGGAAAGUUUUCACCCAAACCAGGCUCUGUUAUUUUUGCGUAAUUAAUUUGUGCCUGCGACAUAAUUAUCUCAUUCCCAUGUGAUAAUACAUGGCCACACAUUAUUUCUAUUGAUACAGAUAUUUCUAUUGAUGGUGACAAUAGAGGUGUAAAAAGCACUCCAGAACACAACCGUAUUCAUACUCAUAUUAAUCAUAGCAGUCAUUUCUCAGACAGCACUAGCUAUUGUUCUCUCUCCUGUGGGACGGAUACAUACUUAAUAAGCUCAUCUGUAGCUGUACAGGUUUUUAUUAUUCAAGAGCGUGAAUCUUUACAUUCUCUAUAAAGCUCUCAGGGAUAGCGAACACAAUUACGAGGAGCUUACAUGCGCUGCGAUUUGCAUCUCAGCUGGGUAUUUAAAGCUUGCAUUGUGGAAUUCUAAAUUCUGUCUUCAGAAGAAUCCGGUUUACCGGAAGUUGAAGUGGAAGGUAUAUUCACCUUCAUGUUUAGUUAGACACCUGGGGACCCCACAGACCCUUUUUAAGAGUGCAAGGAACAUGAUACACAUGUUGAUCAGCUGGAUGAAACUCGUGUUUUUGUUGUUAUUAUUUCAUGGCUUAGGUGUUGUAUGAUUCAAUAAAUAUUUAAUGACAAAAGUA